UUAGACAUGUACUUCUACUUUAUGUGGGGAAUAACUAUCAUACAUUUAUGUUCAGGUUGAAGUUGCUGCUUUGUCUAUUUAAGAAGAAAAAGAGGUGCAAUUUAAAGAAGUAGAGGUGCAAUUUAAAGAUCAGGUUGAAAUUGCUACUUUGUCUACUUAAGGAGAAACAGAAGUGCCAUUUAAAGAGCAGAACUGCAAUUUAAAGAGCAGUACCAAUAAGUUCAACUGCGGGGAGAUCACAGAUGUGGGUUAUCCAUUCUAGGGAGCUGGCCAAGCUGGUGCUUGUGGCAAUCCUCUGAUCUCACCUGUGCGAAAAAUAUUAAUGAAGCUCAUAGCCAGAUCCCUUAAUUUUAGGUGCACACCAUUGGGACUUUAACAGUCCAUAGACACCUGCCUUUCAGCAGGUUGGAAUCCUUCUCUCUUGGAAGGUUGAAGUUGCUACUUUGUCUAUUUAAGAAGAAAAAGAGGUGCAAUUUCAAGAAGUAGAAGUGCAAUUUAAAGAGCAGGUGGCCAAUGAUUUAAUAAGGGAAGAGAAAUGGCAGAAAGUGCAAUCAACCUAGCUAAAGACUAUUUGGCCCCGUUGUUAGUCCAAGAAGCAAGAUUGCUGUUAGGAAUCCACAACAAAGUUGAGAGCAUCCAAAGUGAAUUGGAGUUCAUCCAGUCUUUCCUCAAGGAUGCAGAUUUAAAAGCGGAGAAGGGAGACACUAGCAGUGUUACACAAACAUGGGUCAAAAAGGUAAGGGAAACAGCUUAUCACAUAGAAGAUGUAAUUGAUGAAUACCUACUUCAUUUUGCAAAAUAUCCUCAAACGCAAAGACGAAUUUAUCGUAUACCCUUGAAGAUUUUUCAAUGUACUUCCAACUUGAAACCAAGACAUGUGAUUACCUCUAAGAUUCAAGAUAUCAACGACAAGCUCAAGGCACUCAGAGAGAGAGGUGAAAGAUUUGGCUUCAAUAAUUUGGAGCAAGGAGGAUUGAGCAAUGAUGCUAGACAGCCCAGAUGUGAUUUAUGGAAUGACCCUCGAGAGGCAUCCCUUUUCAUUUCAGACGAUGAGCUUGUGGGCAUUGAGGCUCCCAGAGACAAAUUGAUAAAGUUGUUGGUAAACGGACCAUCUAAUCUCAUGGUGAUUUCAGUGGUUGGCAUUGGCGGGCUUGGUAAGACCACUCUUGUCAAGAAAGUGUAUGAAAACGAGCAAGUGACGCUGCCCUUUCAUUGUAGUGCUUGGAUCACUGUGUCUCAAUCAUACAAGAUGGAGGAGAUAUUGAGGAAAAUGAUAAAGGAUUUCUACAAGGCAAGGAAGGGGAUUCCCCCUAGGGAGAUUGACACAAUGGAAAGAACAAUGUUAAUUCAAGAAUUGAGGCAAUUUUUACUUGAACUGAGGUAUGUAGUAGUUUUUGAUGAUGUAUGGGAUAUGAGCUUUUGGCGUAUUGUACAACUUGCUUUACCGGAUAAGAACAAAGGUAGUAGAAUAGUAAUAACAACUCGAGAUGAGAGUGUUGUUCCCUCUGACAAACAAUCUCCAUUUUAUCAUGUGUACAAAUUGUCACAUCUAUCAUUAGAAAAAGCUCGAGAGCUUUUUUGCAAGAAGGUCUUCCAAUGUGAAGGGGGGAUUUGUCCCCAUGAAUUAAAUGAAUCGUCAAAUAGCAUAAUUAAGAGAUGCGGUGGGCUUCCACUUGCAGUUGUGACUAUAGGCGGUCUUUUGUCAACAAAACAAAAGGUUGAGUCUGAGUGGAUCAAAUUUCUUGAUGGCCUAACUUCAGACUUAGAAAGUAAUCCCCAUCUCCAAGAUAUCACCAAAAUCCUAUCUCUUAGCUAUAUUGACCUACCUUACAACCUCAAAGCUUGUUUCUUAUAUUUUGGCAUGUUUCCAGAGGAUUACUUCAUUAAGAGUGCAAAACUAACUCGACUUUGGAUAGCUGAGGGUUUUGUAAAAGAAAUGCCAGGAAAAACAUUGGAAGACAUUGCUCAAGACUAUUUGAACCAACUUAUUCAUAGAAGCUUGGUUCAAGUGGCAAGGAUUGAUUUUAUUGGCAGAACCAGAAGUUGUCGAGUCCAUGACAUGUUGCAUGGGUUCAUUCUUACAAAGUCAAAGGAGUUGAGUUUUUAUUGGGUCUCAAUACAGAAUUGCUUAAGGGUAGAGAGAAUUGCUCGACGCCUCUCAAUUCAAACCAAUGUAAAUACCCCUUUGCAAAGUAUUACUAGUUCCCAAACUCGUUCUAUUCUCAUUUUGGGGUUAGAUGAAGUGCCCAAUUCUUUUCUAAUGACUUGUUUUUCAAAUUUCAAGCUUAUGAAAGUAAUGGAUUUUGAAGGUGCUCCUAUUGAUUGUAUUCCUAAAGAAGUGGGAAGCCUAUUCCAUCUAAGAUAUUUAAGCCUAAGAAAAACAAAAGUGCAAAUGCUUCCAAAGUCCAUAGGAAAAUUGCUCAACCUAGAAACGUUGGAUUUGAAACGUUCCCUUGUGUCUGAGCUUCCAGCGGAUAUUAGUGGGCUUCUUAAGCUACGAUAUCUUGUGGCCUACAAUUAUAACGGAGAUACUAAAUACAACAUAGAUUCUCGACGUGGGAUAAAGAUACCAAAUGGCAUUAGGCAUUUAGAGUCCUUACAGAAGCUUUUUAAUAUUGAGGCCAGUAGCGCUACCCUUAUAACAGAAUUGGGAAGUUUGACACAGUUGAGGAAGUUGGCGAUAACUAAAUUGAAGAAAGAGAAUGGGAUGGAUUUGUGCACUGCGAUACAGAAAAUGAGCCACCUUCGGUCAUUGGAAAUUUCAGCAACAAGUGAGGAAGAAGUCCUUAAUUUGCAAUCACUGCCUUCUCCUCCUCCCCUCCUACAAACUCUUUUCCUACAUGGGCGACUAGAAAAGUUGCCAGAAUGGAUUCCCAAACUCAAGAGUAUAGUUCGAAUUGUUUUAUACUGGUCAAAAUUAAUGGAAGAUCCAUUAAAGCUCUUUCAAUCUCUGCCUAAUUUGAUGAGUCUUUCGCUUUGCGAUGGAUACAGAGGUGAGCAAUUACAUAUUGAGGGAGGAGGCUUCCAGAAACUCAAGAAUCUAGAGCUUCAAAAUUUGGGAGGAUUGAAUAAGUUGAUAAUAGAUGAAGGUGCCUUGCCUCUUCUUGAAAAGCUUGUAAUUGAAGAUUGCCCACAGCUGAAGGAGGUGCCCUCUGGCAUCCACAAUCUGAAAAGCCUCAAAAAUCUGUAUUUUACAGAAAUGCCGACCGAAUUCGUUCUUAGUUUGCAACCGGAUGAAGGCCCUAAUUUUGGGGAAAUCAAGCAUAUUCCCUGUGUUAAAUUCUGGUAUAGGACUCAAGGGGAACACUAUGAUGGGUACGACCUUGGAGACUCAGAAUUGUUGGAGCGUCUAAAACAUUAAUUCGUGGACGACCAACGUGCCCUCACUGCAUUGAGGAAAUUACAGGAAAGAUGAUCUAGUGCUUAAGUUUUAGUUGCCUAUGAAUUAUAGUUGGCUUAGCUUCAAAUGCCAAUGUUUCCAGGAUUUUCAUGAUCCAGAUCAAACAAGAUACUGCUCUUUUCUCAACCAGCCAAAACAUAAGUAGUUGUUUCUCCCAUUCAUUGUUGCAUUUGUCAUUAUAUUGUUGUAAUGUGUUAUUGUUUCUGUAUCAAGAUUGUUAUAAUUUGUAAUCUUUUCUGUAUCAAACUUAUGCUACGCAAAAGAGUGAUGUUUUAGUUGAAUUGUAUUUGUUGUCUUUAGAAUGGUUUAAGUGUUUCAUUGGUAUGACCGCAUGUAAUGGCUUUGAUAUAAUAGCUAAAAAUUCUAUAUAAUGACAUUUGCGUAUAAUUUGUGAAAGA